AAUUUCAUUUAUCAGUUGCUUCACGACAAUCAACUUCGAUAGGAAGUCAGACGGUAGCUUUAUAAUUAAAAUUUCUAACUCAAAUUGAUAAAAGUUGUGUUCGAUAUCUUUAUCUUUGAUUUUUGACAUAAUAUCUAAAGUUAUAAAUAAAAAUUAAUGUUAAAAAAAUAUUAUUUAGAAACGAUAUUAAAGUUUCGUUGGUAAAUUUUAUUAGUUCAUUAAAUAUAAUUUGAACCAACAUGCGCUCUCUUGACAUAUAUCGUAUUUUAGUGAUUUUUAUAUUUGUGAUAAGUGUAGACAGUAUCGUUUCUAGACAGAAAUGUUGCCCGCCAAAUAUGAUAUUCCCGGUUAAAGAGAAUUCUAAGUGUUUUAUUUCGCACAAUAAAAAUUCAUCUGAAUAUUAUGAGGAGAGAAAUGGCGAUUGGAUAAUUGGGUAUUUUGAAGACUGCUCAAAUGAAACCAUAACGGAAUUGACGGAAUUUAAUGACAAGAGUUCAACGAUAUCAAAAUCAGGAAUCGCUUGUACUGAUGUUGUGCGUGAGAACGAUCUUACAAAUAUCUCAUUUGUUCAUUACUGUAAUCAAGCACAUGAAGAAAUUUCGGAUCCGCAAUCAAUGAGCAUUAGAAAAUGUUGUCCCCAAGGGCAACGUUAUGAUGCUAAAAUUCGAGAGUGUGUUGCUGAUUCCUCAAAUUAUUUCGACGUUCUUAACGCUCUACGUGCCUUUUCUCACAACAAUAUACAUUUCUUAUCAAUUGUAGAAGGUCCCCCAAGUUGUAAUUACUCUUUAAUUGAUUAUAUCAUUAGUGCAGCUAAUGAUACUCUGGUUCUUAACAGCGAUACUUCAGAGGCACUGAUUCAAUCGAAGAAUAGUCAGACUAAAAUUUCUGUUAAUGAAAAUAAUGCAUGCUUUGACUUCGACAUAUCUUCAGGUAUCAUUGUAGUAAGAGCGUGUAGUGACGAUAAAUACUGCGCAGAAAACACUUGUUUGAGAAAGUGUUGCCCAGAAGAUGAAGCUUGGAUCAAACAUAAAUGCCGAAAGCUUUCGACGUAUGAAGGUCCUCGUAAAGAAUUUCACACUGAAAUAAAAACAUUUAUUGAAAGUUUUCGUAAUAACUCAAAAUCACCAGAGGUUUUAAAUUCUACUGAUUACGGUCUCAUGAUUGGAAUUCCAUUUUGCAACCGUGGUCGUAUGUAUCCAGUAAUGAAGCCAAAGAAGAAUUGGUAUUUUACUUUACAUGGAUAUAUUUAUAUAUCGAAUUCCAGUACUUUUUACGAUCCAAAUGUUUAUUGUUUGGAAAUGGCGUAUGACAAUCGUUAUGACGAUGGAUUGUAUCCUAAUAUGUGUUUUGAAAAAUUUAAACCAGAGACAGAGCAUUUUUCACAACGAUUUUUAAUAAAUGCGUCGUUGGAAGUGACGAGUUGCAUAUUUUUGGGACUGACACUUAUAAUGUACGUGUUCCAACCAUCGAUACAAAAUCUUCAUGGAAAUAUUUUAAUGUGUUAUGUAGGAAGUCUUUUUUUUGCAUACGCUGGUCAUGCCACAAUUAUAUUUCUAAUUUUGAAAGACCAAAAUAACCACGAUUAUUAUGUACUCGAUUCCCCAGUAUGUAGACCUCUCGGUUAUAUUGUGACAGCAUCAUACCUUCUGGCUUUUUCUUGGCUUCAUGUUUUGUGUUAUGAUAUUUGGUGGACAUUUAGAGGAUACAAUGGGGCAAUUAAUCUCCGUAGUAAAAAAAACAAAGCGCAAUGGAAACGUUUCAUUCGUUAUUCUUAUAGAUUGAUUCCUGCAAUUGCGAUUAUUCUUGCAAUUAUCAUCAUAGACAGCACAAAAUAUGUGCCAGACAAUUUCCGCCCUAAUAUAGGCGAAGAUUCAUGUUGGUUUUCCUCAAGGCACGGAUAUUUAGGUAAAGUGAUCUAUUUCUAUGGACCAAUUGGUGUUGCAAUAGCCAUUAAUGUUGGAUUAUUCAUAUCAACAAUUUAUACUUAUUGGGGUGUUAAGGCAGAUCUUACAAAAUGCGGUGAUGAAGCCGAGCGAGAAAAACGACUAAAAGAGGACCGAACAAAACUAAAACUCACGAUAAAGCUUUUUGUUUUAAUGGGAAUCUUUUGGCUUAUCGAAGUAAUUUCUUUUCUUAUUAACGCUUAUCUUCCGGAUUUUACUUGGAAGAUUGAAUUAUUUUAUGCAUUUGAUGUCUAUAAUUGUCUGCAAGGUUUCAUUCUCUGGAUUUUCGUUUUCAUAAAACAGAAUUCAUGCUCUAAAAUAAAAGCUCAAUAUCGCAAAGUUAAAUCAUUUGUUUGCGAAUCAAUCACCAGUUUUAUAGAUAGAUUUAGAAUUAAAAAAUGUACCAGUUCUUCUACUAUCACCGACACUACUAUUUCUACCACUAUCAGCAACACUACUAUUAACGACAGUACGACCGCCAAUACCAGCAAUACUACUAUCGGUUCUAACACCACAGAGUCGUCUUUGUAAAAUUUGAAAAUUUAAAAUGUAUAUAUUAAUUUAACUUUUAUUUUUAUUUUAAUUAAUGAAAACCCAACAUGCGCUGCGGUUUAUAUCUAAGUAUUUUAUAUUUAUGUAUCAUUCUUUUGAAUUGUGUAACUUUUUUUUAAAUAGUAAAUUAUAUUAAAACUUACUCUUCGUCAAAUAGUGAUUUUGUAAAAAAAAAAAUGAUUUUUAACAAUAAAGUAAAUGAGAUGAUUGCUAUAAA